UUGUGCAUUUCCCCCCUAAACAGUUGUUUAGUUGAAAUAGUUGAGUCGCAAAAUAUUAAAGAGCGUCACUACGACAAGAUAAAACUACUGUAAAGGGCCCUGGACAUGGCUCUGAACAAGUCCAUGCAUCCCCGGAACCGUUACAAAGACAGACCACCGGACUUCGCCUACCUGGCCUCCAAAUACCCAGAAUUCCGGCAAUACGUGCACACCAACCUCACAGGACGACCCGUUGUAAAUUUCAAAGAGCCCAAGGCGGUGCGAGCGCUCACCUGCACACUGCUAAAGGAGGACUUUGAUUUGACCAUUGAGAUCCCUCUGGAGCGCCUCAUACCCACCGUCCCCCUGCGCCUCAACUACAUCCACUGGGUGGAGGACCUCAUCGAUGGACAGAAACAGCCACGCAGGGGCAUCGACAUCGGCACUGGUGCGUCUUGUAUCUACCCCUUGCUGGGAGCCACAAUGAACAGCUGGUAUUUUCUUGCUACAGAGGUGGAUGACAUCUGUUUUGACUAUGCAAAGAAAAAUGUGGAGCAGAACAACCUGUCUGAGCUCAUUAAAGUUGUCAGAGUCCCUCAGAAGACUUUACUGAUGGACGCCUUAAAGGAAGAGACAGAGGUCAUAUAUGACUUCUGCAUGUGCAACCCACCUUUUUUUGCAAACCAGCUAGAAGCAAAGGGGGUGAACUCCAGGAACUCAUGGCGACCUCCCCCCAGUUCGGUGAACACAGGCGGGGUGACGGAGAUCAUGGCCGAGGGUGGAGAGUUGGAGUUUGUCAAGAGAAUCAUUCAUGACAGUCUGCAGCUGAAGAAACGCCUGCGGUGGUACAGCUGCAUGUUGGGGAAGAAAUGUAGCCUGGCACCUUUGAAAGAGGAGCUGAGGAAGCAAGGGGUGCCUAAAGUGACCCACACAGAGUUCUGUCAGGGACGCACCAUGCGGUGGGCACUGGCCUGGAGCUUCUACGAUGAUAUUAUUGUUCCAUCUCCCCCAACUAAGAAGCGUAAGCUGGAAAAGAUGAGGAAACCCCUUUCGUUCACACUUGCAGAGGCGGGACUGAGCGAGCUCCAGGCCAAGGCCUCGGCUAUGGGCUGUACGUCCCACAGCGCUGUGGACAGCGUCGCUGCUUUGCUGGAGAAGACACUCACUGACCUGAGGGUGCUGCACAAACGCGUUCCUUGCAGAGAGCAGGAGCAGAGUCUCUUUCUGACAGCUGUGGAGAACACAUGGAUUCACGGACGACAAAAACGCCGUGAACAGAAACGUCAGUUGCGAGAGCUUCCUAGAGCACCUCCCUGUACUGGAACCUGCUCUCAAAACACUGUGGCCUCAACUGCUCCACCUACAACCCCAGCAUCCACAAAAAACCGCAGCACCCCAGACGACAGUGCUGAAAACAAAGCUACAUUUGCACAGGAACCUGCAGCACAGACUGGCAACAGCGCCUCCACAAAUGAGACAAGUAAACACGAGAUAGGUGGAGAACAAAAAGAGGCCUUAGAAAACGUAACGGAUAAAGAUGUCGACAUGGAGUCUCCCUGCACAGAAGCAGGACAGGAAAUGGAGCCAAAGGAAACACUUGCUGCAUCAGGUGAGCCGCCCUGUAAGCGACCCCUGAGCCCGGGGGCAGUCAAACACUUCCUCUUUAAGUGUCUGCUAAAUGUGAUGCUGGAGAAGGGCGAUGUCUUGAUUGAGAUGCACUGGGUUGAGGGUCACAACAAAGACCCGAUGAACCAACUGUGUACUUACCUUAGGAAUACACUUUUAAAGUCUGCUGCAAAGUCCUAAAUGACAAGAAAGUCAUGAGCUUUUCUUUUCAAAACAGUAUGAUCAGCAAGUACAAUUCAACAGAUGUGAUUUUAGAGAUUAGUAUUGAGUGCCUGUGUGCUGGAAAGAGUCUUCUGUGUGUGACUGUGUACAGCUUUUGAAAAAUGUUGUCCACUGUGACUUCCUGAGGUUUUUCCACUAGAGAAUCACAGUUGUAACUAGACCGUAAUUAAUUGAUCUUUUGAGGAAGUGCAUACUGUACACCAGUAUUUUGUUCUUAAAACAUUUGGAAUAAAAUACAUUUUAAUAACA